UAGCUUAGGUUCUCGGCCUCUUUUAGUUGGCGACGGUAUCUCUUGCGAGGAGGGUUUCUUUUGCCGUCCGUGUCGGAUUUAAUUAUAUAUUUCGUGGAUCCAACACAUGUCGGUUAAGAUAUCCUUACAUUCUUAAACGUCGAAAACGCGACGAUGGUAAGCUCCUCUGAGAGACAUAGCGUCAAGCCGACUAAUACGAACAAAUCAACAACGACUGAAAUCAAUCUUCUUGCACCCAUGGAAGGUGUGAGAAAACGAAGACGAUUAGAAUCUCUAAUAUCGAACUCGGACAUCCCUAAGAAAACGCAGCGACGUGAUGAACAGUACAAUUCCAAUUUUGAGAUACCUAACGAAAAGAAAUCUGAAGAUAUAAAAGAUAGAAAGGUCUCAUCAUUGCCACGUUUGAAGAAAAAAUGGCAUCGAACUAUGCCAAUAAAUCCGCAGGAUGCAAGAACGUCCUGCGAAAAAAACAUGGAAAGGGAUGCUGCUUCUAGAUUGAGAAAAACGAUACAAUGGUUAGAGAAGGGAGCGCGAAGGCUACGCGAGGAUCUGGCGAACGUGCGAACAGAGCUACACGAGGAGCGGAAGACAGCAAAAAUUGCUAAAAAGGAGUUCGAAGCUGCCCUGAGGGAAGCUAGAAUCACCGAAGCUGCCAAGUAUCAACCUAUUGUAGCCGAGUUGAAGGCCAGAUUCGCUCAUUUUGUGUCACCAUUGUCAUCGUUGCCGUCAACGUCAUUUAAAUCGCAUUUCGUGAAGGACGAGAAUCACAAGAGUGAAUUAUCGACUCUCACAAAAAACUUAGCUGAAGUUGAAAGUAUGAUAGAAAAAUUCGAGUGGCACUUCAUAAAUAAUACUUCUUCUUACAACAAUGUGCGUCGUCUAGAAGCAGAAAUACGAAAUCUUUACGCCGAAAACGAAAAACUCGAAGAAAAAUUGCGUAUCGCUUUAAAUGCCGAGAAGAUUCGUAUUGCUGAGAUACGAGUUCAACGAGAGAAUCACGAAACAGAGCUUUCCGCAUUACGAAAAUUGCAUCGCAACGAAACUAUAAAAAUGAUAGAUGAACUACGAAGCAAAAGCCGAGAGAUGGAGAAAUUAUCGAAACCCUUGAAACGUCGAAAGUUAACGCCAAUGAAGCACAAUACGAUGCGGAAAUUACGGGGAAAUGAGAAAAACCAACCAAUACAAUCAGCAUCUUAUAUAAGAAAGAAGAUUCUCACAGACGAUGGUCAUACGGUGGAGUCAUAUGUCCGCGCAGUAGAAUCCGACAAAACUAUAAAUGAAAUUGAAGUCGAGCGUCUUCGUGAACUUGCACUUGAACAGCAGGAAGUCAUCGAAAUACUUAAACAAACAGUUAAGGAAAGAGAAAGAAAGUUGGAGCAAUUAUCAAAUAAGAAAAAGAAGGAGGAAUUUUAUAAACAAUGGCUUGAAUUGGAGCCGGUUGUCGAAGUCGAUGACGAAGAAGAUCAUGAAGAUAAUGACAGUGCUUUAUCAAGUGCUCCAUCUUCGAUGUCACCACAGCCUGGAGGUUACGGUCAAUGGCAGAAUAAUGGUAUUACCAAAGAAGCAUACGAGGCUGUUCUUGAGAUCGAGGAGUUACAGUCCAAAUUCUUUAGAGAGCAACGAGAACUUUCAUGUGCCAAAGUUCAAAUUUGUGACUUGGAAAAAGCACUCUUACAAGAGAGAUGCGCUGGUCAUGAUAAGGAGAUGAAUGAAUUGAAUGAUAAACUUCGAGCUGCCGAAGAGCGAGAAGCAACACUUUUAGUGGAACUUUCAGAAAUACGAGAGCAAAAUGAGCUUUUGGAAUUUCGACUGCUGGAACUGGAAGAAGUACCUGUGCGUAGAGAUAGUUUCGAUCACGUGGUAGAUAGUGGCAUGGUCUCUCCGGAACCCAUUCACACAAACAGAGCUCAUCUAUCAAACCAACAGAGAAAUCGCGCUGUGGCGACCGUAAUACCUUACACGAAUAACGCUACAUUGAUGAACCCCGUAAAAUCCGCGUCACCUGUAUUAUCGCGUAAACCUCCGCUCACUCUUCAGGAAAGCGGUAUUUUUGAAGAAGAGGAGCACGAGGACGAUGAGAAACUCGAAGUUGAGCUUACCAGUCGUAGUACUCAGACGGAUGUACCGUCCAGCGAACUCCUUCAGGAAGUACAGCGUCUCCAAGAGUUAAGAACUCGAAUUCAGGAACGUGCUAAGACCACAACAUCAAUCUUUCAUCCGAUCGAUUCAUCUAAGAUCUAUUUUGAUGUAUCGACAAUGGACUCCGUAGUUCAAUUGACGUCCUACCAAGAGCGCGUUCAUGAGCUCGAGGAAAGACUUGAAAUUUACGAAGAAACCGAAAAAGAUCGAGAAAAAGAAAAGCAGUUGUCGAAAGAACGAGAAGAGGAGUUGUUAGAUGAAAAUUAUAGACUUACAGAAAAGAUAUAUUGGUUGGAGAAUAAAUUGAGAAAUAGAGUGGGAUCUAAUUUUGGCGAUAAAUAUAAAGAUGAGACCUCUAUUAUGCAGCGAAUUAAAAAUAAGGAGGAUAAUAAAUAUCAAGUUCUAGAAAUUUCAGAGAAUUUGAAAGAUAUGCAAGAUCGGUUGAAAGAUACAAAUUGCACACGAUUUACUCAAACCAUAGAAACAUGGGUGAAUAAUAUAAUUAUACCUCGAUGUCAAGAUCAAGAUAAUAUCGAAAAUUUUGAUCAACAAAUUGCUUUAGAGGAGCAAUGCAAUGUCAUUCAACUUGUAUCUCUAAAGAAGAAGAAGAAGGAAGUCGAAGCAGAACUUUCUGAACUCGAUGAACCAGUCGUUAUUGAUCUUGCCAAAAGCAAUUUAGAAAAGAAGGUUAGACGAAGACGAAUUAAGAAUAAUGAACACGAAAUACGAUCCGCGAAAACAGCGAGAAUGCCAGAUGUCAAGCUUAUUCGCGAUGUUUCUUUAGAGCGAAAAAGUUAUCCGUUGAUCUUAUAUCAGGAAAUUUGCGUAUAAUUUUUACGCGGCUGUGCUAUGUCAAACCUUUAAUAAGGAACUUUAAUAAGACAAGCGUAACUUAAAAAAUUCGAUAACGUCUAAUAAGUUUUUGCUGUAAUUUCAUUUUUAUACCAAAAAAAAUUAUGCUCGCGUCGUAAAUGAAAAUUAGUGUUUGCUCGAAUUAAUGUGUAAUUUUAAAGAGAAGCUAGCACUCGUGCUUCUUUCACGCGAUAAAGAAACGACGGCUUCCAAAAAAUAACGACUAACAGAAGACCGAGGUCGUGGAAAAAAAAUAUGGAUGUUGAGGUGAUGAGGGGAGAAGAAGAAGACAAGUUAACCGACUACAUAUCUACGUCUUUGAACGACAAUACGGCUGGCGCUACUUGGUGGCCCAAGUGACGAUCAGAAAUGGUACGUUUAAAAAAACAAGGGCGCUUACAGAUGAACUCUGGUGACGCUCGGUUCGGCGUAUUUCAUCUACCGUAUCACGACUAACAUUUACAAACUGUGAAAUCAAGUGCCAAAUAAGCCGUAGAUUAAAUAUUCUUUUCCAUGCGGGAUAUAAGUUAAAGAGUUCUUGCAAAAUAAUUUUAUACACAUUUAAUAAUAUUUAUGAUAAAAAUACGCUUAGAAAAAAUCAGAUUGAUAUAAAAUUGCGCUAAACAUGUUCUUGUGUCGGUAAUCACACAAAAAAUCUAUAAAGAAUCUAUAGAAUUUUCCAUACAUUGAAAUUUAUUGUAUAUGCUAAAAUGACAAAAAUGUGAUUACGUAAGAACAAAUAUAAAAUGACAUAUACUGCAAAUAUAUAAUACAUUGCAAAUUAAUAUGCAAUUAAUAAUGUUAGUAUGCAUUCGAUCAACAAAAAUAUAUCUGUACAGUGUCGUUUCGCACUGAAAACAAAGAUUCUACUAUAUAUUUAUCAGCGAUUAUUGAAGAAUUGUUUGAUUAGUUCUAUAAAUAUGUAUCUAUUAUAAAGAAUAUAAUUCUUCAAUUAGUUCGCUUGUCUUAA